AUUAUCCGACGUACUAAAUACUAAAAUUUUAAAAAUCUAUAACAUUCUACUGUUUUUCUCUAUAUGCGUGUAAUGUGUUCUAAUGAAAAUAUACUUUUGGCCGACCAUAAUGUGCAAACCAUUAAUGUGUUUACACCAUCAUCAUUCCUUCUUCUUGAAAUCUCGAAUACUUUACUUUCUACUGUCUCCGUACGAAACAAAACACAUCAAUAAGUAAAGAAUCCAAGUAGAUUAAACUAUAGAUUCGUCUCUUUUUUCGUAGUAGAUUGCGAUGGUAUCUUAGGGUUUUCUUAUAAUACUUUUAAACUGUAUUUAUGAUGAUGAUGAUGAUGAUGUAAAUUUAUCUGGCUGUCAGUACAAAUAUUUGUUAUAUAUAUAUAUAUGCAUGUGUGACAUCUUAGAGAAAGGGAACAAUAUACAUGUAGAUCGGAGGCACAAAAGUAUAAGACCACGAGGCAUUCAGGUUUCCAAAUGAACAUGAUUGGCCCACUGCUAUGAUUUUUGCAAUGUUUAUGUGAUCGGUCUAGUAACAUCUUAAUCAACCAGUUAAGCAUCCCAUUCAUCUAAGAAACUGACUAUAUUGACUUUUUAUCAUAUAUAAAUAUCUUACUGCACAAUAACAUGAAAACAGGAUUCAUAUGUUAUUGGAGUUGUAUCAUUAUGGUUUGGGCUGGUAUUGUCGGCAUGCUAUAAUGUGGGUCCAAAUUCAAUAGUACACGUGUUUGAGUUAUAGACGGAAGGAAACAAAAAAAUGUAGAGAUAUUAUGUUAGAUCAAAGUGAAAGAAUUCAUUUAGAGAUGUCAAUUAGGAUGCAACUGACCUUUAUGGAACAUGUUUGGAGAAUUUAAUACUUACAUUUGAAUGUUAUGAAUGAAGUAAAGAAAUACAACUACAAGUGCGAGACAAUGCAUCGUGGGAGAAAUGAAUACAGCUUUUCUUUUGCCAGUUAUUAUGUUGCAUUUCUAUAAUAAACUGAUUAUAUAGUAAGACUGAUGUUAUGGAAUUAUAUAAAAAAAGUCCAUAUGAUACUUAAUGACUAAUGUAGAACUAGUCUUCGAGGGAAAUGUAUUUUAUGCAAAAAUAUUGUUAAUACGUACAUAAUCCCAUUUAGAAAACCAUGGUAAUGUAAACAAACAUUGAGCUUUCAGCCUUGACUUUAAAAGGUUUUUUUUUUCUUCAUCAAGUCAUGAGCAUUCUCAUGGGUACAAGAUCGAGUCACGAAACAUGACUCCCUAUUUUUAGGCGUUACAAGAUUAUUUUGGAUUUGCUAUGUCAUAAUUGUCUAUAGUUAAAAACAAAAUAUAAAAAUAUUGAAAAAUAUACAAAACAUUGGUGAUCUAGUGAUAAUUCCACCAGAGAUUUGGUUCUUUUGUGUUCCAUAUUCGAAUUCAUUGAUAUAAAUAUGUUCUAAAAUUAAAUUCUAGACGUAUGAAAUUACAAGCUCCUAAUAUAUAUGAUGGUAAACAUAAUUAUAAAAAAUAUUACACAUAUUUCUAGCGAAAGAAAGAAGACUUCCUUUUGUAAAAAAGAAAGAAAGAAAGAAGGCUUCCUCUCCCCCAAAAUGAAAUAAUCAUAUGAAUGGAAUUUCAAAGGCUGUGAAGUUGAAAGAAAUUUUCAUGAUGGAAAAAUAAAUUAAGACAUAUAAUGAUGAAAUGACCCCAAAACGGGAACACUAGAUUGGCUUUUGAUCUCUUUGUAAAUGCAAAAACAUAGAGAAAAAAACACUUGGACAACGAGUACUAUCUUAUUAUUCAAAUAACAAAAGCUAUUUCCUUCUGAUGAUGACUAGCAAGUACUUUUUACAUCCAGGAUUUUAGUUUUUUUCCCACGCAAAUCCAAGAAUUUAGUCAAGAUCCAAAAUUCACUAGAGAGACAAAGUACAUAAAAAGAAAAAAGCAAAUGUAUGAUAAUUCGUAUUUACAAGGAAAAGUCUUUCAUUAGCAAUUUCUUUUUGGUUACUAGAGAGAUAAUGAAAACCGUAUAAAUUAUCUUAUAUUCUAUUAGCUAAAUGACAAAUCAUCAAAUAAUAUAUAUCAGAAAGUAAUAAGUUAGUAGCUUAUAUAAGGCAAAGCUUUAACAAAUUCCAAAAGCAUAAACAAUCUAUGGUGUCAAAAAGUAUUCAAACACUAUAUAUCACUUUGUUCCUAAAAAGAGAAUAAUCCUAAGAUAUUAGAAUUUCACUUGGGCAUCAUAAUAUAAGAUUCCAAUAAGGGUCAUAAAAGAGAAUUAAAGGGUGGUAAGCGUGUUCCUCUCUGUUGUUUUGAUAUAUCUUUAUACGACAACAUCAUAACCAGUGAGGUAACUCCACCUCCAAGUAAUCACGACCGUUCUUUUUAGAAUAGUUUCUUGAGUAGGAGAUAUUAGACGGUGGAGAUUAUAGCUAAUAUGAGAUUUGAAAGGCGUUGACAUUCUUUCUAUAUAUCUCUCCACUUGGCUUCCUGACAAUCUAUAAAUAUAUACUCCAUCUUUGGCGGUCUCUCGUCUUCGCCUUCGUCCCUUUGCUGUUCUACAACGAACUCUCUCUACCUCUCCAGGACCUAAGAGAAUCAUUUGACAUCGGACAUAGCUUUGUCAGGAAAGUAUAAUCUACUCUAAACGCUGAGAUUCGGAAAUGGCAUUUGGACUACUAAACACCGUAUUGGAAAAGUCAGAAACUCUGUUGGGGUCAGAUCAUGCAUCAGUCGUAUCCAUGAACUUGUUCGUGGCUCUGCUUUGUGCUUGUAUCGUGCUUGGUCACUUACUUGAGGAGACUCGGUGGAUGAACGAGUCAAUCACCGCUCUUAUCAUUGGUUCAUGUACUGGCAUUGUGAUCUUGCUUAUAAGUGGAGGAAAGAGCUCGAGGAUCCUGGUGUUUAGUGAAGAUCUCUUCUUUAUUUAUCUUCUUCCACCGAUUAUAUUCAAUGCAGGGUUUCAAGUUAAGAAGAAGCAGUUUUUCCGUAACUUCAUGACCAUUAUGUUGUUUGGUGCUAUUGGUACUCUCAUUUCAUUUGCUAUCAUAUCAUUAGGUGCAAUGCAUUUUUUCGAGAAAAUGAAUAUCGGAGAUCUCACCAUUUCGGAUUAUCUAGCCAUUGGAGCUAUAUUCUCUGCUACAGAUUCUGUUUGCACCUUGCAAGUGCUUAAUAAAGACGAGACUCCUCUCUUGUACAGUCUUGUCUUUGGAGAAGGUGUAGUAAAUGAUGCCACAUCGGUCGUGCUCUUCAACGCUAUACAAAGAUUCGACCUAACACACAUCAAUUCAACCAUAGUUUUGGAGUUUGCUGGAAACUUCUUUUCUCUCUUCAUCUUAAGCACAGCUCUUGGUGUUGCAGCUGGAUUGCUCAGUGCUUUCACUAUCAAGAAGCUCUACUUCGGAAAGAUCAAGCACUCUACUGAUCGUGAAGUUGCGCUUAUGAUGUUAAUAGCAUACUUGUCAUAUAUGUUGGCAGAGCUAUUCCACCUAAGCUCUAUCUUGACUGUGUUCUUCUGUGGGAUUACUAUGUCUCACUACACAUGGCACAAUGUUACAGAUAAAUCAAAGGUCACUACCAAACACACUUUUGCUGCAUUGUCGUUUCUAGCUGAGAUCUUUAUCUUUCUUUACGUUGGAAUGGAUGCUCUAGAUAUCGAAAAAUGGGACGUGGUACGCAACAGUCCUGGCCAGUCUAUUGGAGUGAGUGCGAUACUCCUUGGCCUUAUUCUUCUGGGUCGAGCCGCCUUUGUGUUCCCUCUUUCGUUCUUGUCGAACUUGACAAAGUCUUCUCCGGAUGAGAAAAUAGAUUGGAAGAAACAAGUAACCAUUUGGUGGGCUGGUCUGAUGCGUGGUGCCGUGUCGAUGGCUCUUGCUUAUAAUCAGUUCACGACUUCAGGACACACCAAGCUUCUUGGAAACGCUAUAAUGAUCACCAGCACCAUCACUGUUGUUCUUUUCAGUACUGUGGUAUUUGGAUUGUUAACCAAACCAUUAGUCAAACACUUGCAGCCUCCAUCAAAGAAGCCCUCCACACCGACAUCAUCUUUCCACGAGCCGCUCCUCAAUGGCGAUGGCAGCUACAUCGAAAACCACGAGCCUCUGCACCGCACCCAGGGCCAAUCAGACUACAUCCUUGAACAAAUCACUCUAAGACUGUUCUUGAGCACUCCUUCCCGAGCCAUUCAUCAUUACUGGAGAAGCUUCGAUAACGCGGUUAUGCGUCGCAUAUUUGGAGGCCGUGGCGUUUCAGAGGUAGUUCCUGGCUCACCUAUUGAUACUAGUGUUCGGCAGCUGUGGACUGAAGACGUAGAGAACAAGGAACAAUACGCUGAGCCUUGAUUGUGACGUCAUGACUAAGAUCUUUUGACUUCUUGGCUCGCGUUUUCAAGCGAUUUUUUGGACGCAAACGCAAAGUGGACGGGCUAGAUCUUAUUUUUUGACUUUGGUUUUUGCAGCUAUAUGGGCGCAGUUUUUGAUUUGAUUUGUUUUUGGUCCCGGUUUGAUUUUGGUUUGUGGUGUGGUUUUUCUAGAACCGGUUCAAUUUUUGUGGUUUGAGUUUUGGCUAUUUGGUUUAGCUGUUUUGUUGUAAAAUUGUAAUGCUCCAUGUAAAUAGGGACUGAUCAAUGUAGGUGUGACUUGUGACAGUGAUCAUUUACAUACGUAUGUAACUGGCUAUGUUGAGCUCAUUCCAAUAUAAGGGAGAAUAUAUAUAUACGUAGUUGUUGUUUGUUUA